GUUUCUGACACAGAAGACAAAACCCGCCGGAGGAGGACUAUGAAUGGCAAAAGCACCAAGGAGGCCGAGGGAGAGCAAAAAGGAGGCGGUGUGCCUUUGUAGUCGGGGAGGAAUGCGGAAAUGUCCCCGCUCCGUGUCAAACCUCUCUGAAGGGGGUCAGGCCAACAUUCAGCCGGCGUGGGAAAAGCAAGGCAGAGACGGAGCUCCCACGGGCGAGCGCGGCUGAAGUUGCACAGCCCCAUCCGCGGAUAUAUGCGAGGGGAGAGAGAGGGAGAGAGAGGGGAGAAAGAAAAAAAAAACACAGAAGACGAAAGAAAAGGAGCAAAUCCGAAGAGGAGCGUGGUUUUGGAGGGUUAUAUCAAGCGUUUUGCCUUUGUCCUAUGACUCCCCCACUGAGCAAUCUCGCACAGCCCCUCCACCUCCGCCACCUCUCCUCCACACCAGGCGCAACGAGAGCGUGAGCGCACCCUCCUCCUCCUCCUCCUCCUCCUCCUCCUCCUCCUCCCCCCCUUGUUCGAGAGCCUCUGCCCGGGCUGGUGCAGUCUGAGGGAUGGGGGGUUAGAGCCUGCACCGUCAACUACCUGUGUGGCCCCCGCAUGGAGGACGGUGGACAGGGAUGCGUUUUUUGACGGAGGAGUUUGAUCCGACACGCGAAUGCCUCCUCAGCAUUUUCUCGGGCAUGCCGACGUUACGACAUUUUACUGACAACACAAAACAAGGCAUCGCAUGUGCCAACUUUAUUCUGUGAAUAUGUCUUUGUGAGAAGCGCUGGCUCGCCACCCUCGCCGGGAUUCCCCGCAAUAUUUUCAACAAGAGACGAGGAGGGGGGAAGAAAAAAAAAAUCUGCAAAAAUGGACAAAGAAAGUAUUAGUGCUCAAUAUGAGCAAGUGGCCGAGAUUGGAGAAGGCGCCUAUGGAAAAGUGUUCAAGGCCAGGGAUUUGAAGAACGGGGGGCGAUUUGUAGCCUUGAAGAGAGUUCGGGUCCUGACGGAGGAAGAAGGGAUGCCUCUCUCCACCAUCCGCGAGGUGGCGGUACUGAGGCAACUUGAGGCCUUUGAGCACCCCAAUGUCGUCAGGUUAUUCGAUGUGUGUACAGUGUCUCGAACUGACCGAGAGACCAAACUCACUCUGGUCUUUGAGCAUGUUGAUCAGGACCUGACAACUUACCUGGAGAAGGCUCCCGACCCUGGGGUACCACCUGAAACCAUCAAGGAUAUGAUGUACCAGCUGCUCCAGGGACUGGACUUCCUGCACUCACACCGCGUGGUUCACCGUGACCUGAAGCCCCAAAACAUCCUGGUCACCAGCGGAGGACAGAUCAAGUUAGCUGACUUUGGGCUCGCUCGCAUCUACAGCUUCCAGAUGGCGCUCACAUCUGUGGUGGUGACGCUGUGGUACAGGGCCCCAGAAGUGCUGCUCCAGUCCAGCUACGCCACUCCGGUGGACUUGUGGAGCGUGGGCUGCAUCUUUGCGGAGAUGUUCAGGAGAAGGCCGCUGUUUCGAGGAAACUCUGAUGUUGAUCAGCUGGGAAAGAUUUUUGACGUUGUUGGCGUACCGUCAGCGGAGGACUGGCCCCAGGAGGUGGCCCUGCCACAGAGUGCCUUCAUGCCGCGGCCCCCGAAACCCAUAGAAGACUUGGUUCCAGACAUGGACGAGCAAGGACGGGCCCUGUUGAUGCAAUUCCUCGCCUUCAACCCCUCCAGGAGGAUAUCGGCGUUCGCUGCUCUGAGUCAUCCCUACUUCCAAAGCGUGGACAGCCACAGCAGGAGUCUGUACGCGGUCCAGCCCAUCCCCAGCAACAGGCCCGCCAUCGGGGAGAGGACCGCCUGACGGCCCUCCACCUUCCCUCACACGGCGCCUCUUUAGUAUUCUCCAGUACAUCUCCAUUUUGUUGUUUAGACAACAUUAAAUACAUUUUAGCCUUUUUGACACUGAUUAUCAGAAAAGUUUCCAAAUUAAAGAUAAAGCUGCAUAAAUCAAGCUGGACCGCUCAGUAACUGGGUACUGGUCCCCUGCUUGAAUCUGGAUUGGCCUGAGAGAUAAACACAGUUCAACGUUGUCCUGCUUGGAUAAUCCCCCCCCAAUAUGUCAGUAAGGCUUCCUGUGGGAUUGUGUCGGGGAGAUUUUACUCCCUAUGCUCUUGAAUCCUACGGGGCCUGCUAAAACGACAUUCUGCCAGCGUCUAUCUUUGCAAAACUGUCUGUUUCUUGAACGUGUUGCCUUCUUCACCUAAAAGCCUUGCUCCUGAUGACCUCCCGAUUUUCACGCUUACGUUUGGAGAUAUUGUAUCAACAACCCUGUUUCAGACAUGAGAAAUUAACGUUACAGCCGUCAUCAGUCCGCCGAAGCUACGGUAUUCAGUUACUCGUAGAUGCCAUUGAUUCCAGAGUCGACAAUAAAUCCAGUGUAACGUCGUGUUUGUAAUUACAACAUGAUAACAGCAUAUUUGUUAUCAACGUGAGAAAAAUGCAGUGUUUUUUUCUCUCUUUUUGUUUCACUUGUGGACAAGCAAGAGCUGCGUCUAGGUGCUGUCGGUUAUUAACUUUAGCAAAACCGUAAAGAAUCCAGGUUUGGACAGCUCUUGAUAUCUUUGUCCGAUUCCUCUGAAUGUCUAAUCAGGAGCAAAAUUGCCGGUCUGUCCAUUAACUGGAGCAGUUCAGACUUUUGCCAUUUUCAAAGCGAUACGAACAUGUUUCUAAGCUUGACCUAGAGAUACUAUUGCUGCAAAAUGUUAGCGUCCGUGUCAGGGGGUCAUUCAGACAUCAUGCCGACACCUUUGGUAGCCAUCAGAUUAAAAGAAAGCAGUAUAUUUCUCAGAACAGCUUUUGUGACAAGGUGUAGUAUUUUUGUAAUUUAAAUGCAUUUUUUUUAGAUGUUUUCUCUUCGAUGAGAAAUACAGUAUAUUUUUCUGAUAAUCAGUUUAAAAAAAAAAAAGAAAAAAAAAGCUUGAUCGUUUAUUUUUAUGCUGUAUAUGAACUCCAAACAUUCAGUGCACGUAAGGGAAGAAAACUCCUUUAUGAUCAAUGCACAAAGCUCCGGAAACCUCUCAGAAAAAGAGACAGCAGAGAUGGUUUGAGGAUGGAUCGCCACCCCUUAACCAUGCACAGAGGCUAUCUUCCUUAAGCGAACGGAUGGACUGUAAUUGCUGCUUUUAUGUUGUAAAAUGUUGGUAGAUGUGAAACAAUGCAACGAGAUCUACAUCUUGGAUUGACUGUCAAGGCAAUGAGGCUGAAGCUUCCUAUGGAUCAGGAUUGAGGCUUGUAAGAGACCUCUUGACUUUGUUGCCUGGACAGAAGGCCAGACAGGACGUGGAUCUCACCUGCCUGCAUGGUCACUGUGGCAGUGUGCAUUGAGAAGAUGAACUGCAGAAACACACUCACAGACUUAAAGCAUUUACCUUGUCCACUGAUGGUGCCAGAAGCUUGCUCAUGUACCCAUGGACUAACUGAAAUGUAAUAAGGAAUGUCAAGCCAGCCACUCCGCCAUGUCAUCAUUCCAGGUUUACUUAUUAUAUUGCUGCCCCCUGGUGGAUAUCCGUAGUAACUGCAGACCAACCAGUAGCGGGAUUCUAAUGGUUGCUGCUCUCCUCAACUGGUUAUAAUGGGCUGAUAUCAGAGCUGAGACAAUGAUGGGAAGAAACAAAACAAAACAAAAACAACUAACAAAUAAUCCUGCCACUUACUUUGACUUUUGAAUCACUCUUAGUCUGCUAUCAUGGGCUUUUAUAAAAAUGCUGUUAUUACAAUGUGGAUGACGCCGCAAUGGAUCGCCUUGCAAUAAGUCCUUCCAGCACUAUUCAUCAGCAAAACAUUAGUCAGAGUUCUGAUGCCCAUAUCUUGUAUUUAAUUUUAAUUUUAUUGACAAGUCUUACAUACUUGUUACUCGUUACUGAAGCAUGUGAUAUUCUUACAUUAAGUACACCAACUCUGUAGAUGAUCAUAGUUAGUGUAUGUGAGGAAUGUAUAAAGGUUUGGCCUUGGUACUGUACAGUGUAUUGAGCUAGCUGUAAUGAGACACAUUUUUGAUAAGUACAUUGUCAGCACAUAGACGCGUCAUAAAAGUGGGUAGACGUAGAGUAGUGAAGGUCAGUGGCAUGUUGUACAGCAGGAUUAUUUUGUCUUUUGAAGAUGCCGGUGGGUCACGAAUGGCUACAAAUUUUACAAUAGAUUUGAUCAUGAAAUGACACAAAUAUUUAGUGUCCAAGUUUGGCUUUAUUUUGCCUACGAGUUGUUAUAUUGCAGUCUUUUUUUUUUUUUCUUAAACCACCAAGGAAAAGCAAGUGAUGCAGAGUUGUAUUUUUGUACGUUGAAGUUCUUGCAGAACAGUAACAUUUUAACACUGGUUUAUGUUUUAUUAACAGGUAGAACUGUUAGCACACACACACGAACACAGACUCAUUCUCCAACUUUCUCAGGUUUUUGUUCUGGACGUCCAAACCUCUUGGGCACAGUUUGCACAUCUUCGGGCUACUAAAUGACCACAGUACAACUUCUUCAGGUUUUCUUUCAAGCUGUCUCACAUAGUAUUUUUUUUCUUUUUUGCUCAUUGUUUACUGUCAUAAUUAUUUAUCAAAUAUAUGUUACUGUAGACAUUACUGUUCGAAGAUAACUGCCUGUAUGGACUGUUAUUGCCAGUAGUUUUCAAUUGCUGCAAGGCAGACACAACAGAAAUACAUGUGUAAUUAUCUGCUUAACUAAACACUGUGUGAAUUUUAUACCCAAUAAUGAUAAUUCUGGGUUAAGUGCUGCAUAAAAAAAGAAAAGGAAAAAAAAUGCAAUGAACGCUACAAAUACUUUAGAAAUAGUAGUUUACAAUGAAAAUAACUGCUUUUGUCACAUUACAGUUAAUGCGAUCAUUAUUCCUAUCCCAUUUAACCAGUUUUAACCACAUUUCAGUCUCAUAACAUCUGUUUAACUUUUAGUUGUUUUACUGUUUUGAAACCAGCAUAGCUUCAUAUAUAAUUCAGAUUGACAUACUUAUGUGUGGAUGUGUUCCUCUUAUUGUACCACCUGAAUAAAAAGGAACUUUUUAUGAA